AUGGAGUAAAUUCGUCAAUUUUUUCUCCUUUGGUCUCUCUCUCUCUCUCUCUCAAGUCACAAAAGGGAAAGAACCCUAACGAGCUAUUUACAGCCUGCAAGCAAUUUUUGCAGGUCUGCAAUGUCGUAGAUGGGUUGAACACGAACAAAGAAAAGAUUAUGAUUAAUUAGACGUCUUCUCCAUUUAAGUUAUUAUGGACGACGACGGGUUGAAUAUCCGGAAUUGGGGUUAUUAUGAACCCAGAGGGCACCUCGGUCUACAGCUCAUGUCGACCGUAGCAGAGCGAGAUACUAAGACUCUUAUUUCUGGUCGCGAUUCUACGGUCAUGGUUGGUGCUAAUGGAGCUUUUCACCCUAGGGAUUGCGGGGUAUCCGAAGCACCUGUUCAUAUGGAAUAUGUGAAGGAUAGUUGGAUGAACAGAGAAAGAUUUCUGCAUAUGUUGCCCGGAAACCCAAAUUUUGCUGUUUUAUCAGAAGCAUCUACAGCUCAUCACUUGCAGAUGAUACAACCGCCUGAUUCGUCGAAGGAUGAAAGGGUGGCUCGAAUAGAAGAGGCAGGAGGAAAAAAGGAUGGGCCUUUGAAGAAAAGACAAAGUGGUCGUGCCCAAAAGUCUCCAAAAGCAAAGAAGCCGAAGAGGGUGCCAGCACCAAAGGAUGAGAGCAAUUCUUCUGUAUCACGAGCAAAAGCUGGGAAGAAGAACAUGGGGGUGGUCAUAAAUGGGGUUAAUAUGGAUAUUUCUGGUAUUCCAAUACCGGUUUGCUCUUGCACUGGAACUCCUCAACAAUGUUAUCGAUGGGGCUGUGGUGGGUGGCAAUCAGCAUGCUGUACCACAAGUAUAUCUAUGUAUCCUUUGCCAAUGAGUACAAAACGGCGUGGCGCGAGAAUUGCUGGGAGGAAAAUGAGUCAAGGUGCAUUUAAGAAAGUCUUGGAGAAACUUGCUGCUGAAGGUUAUAACCUUUCAAAUCCGAUUGAUUUGAGGACUUACUGGGCAAAACAUGGUACCAACAAGUUUGUGACCAUCAGGUAGAUGUACAAUGUGAAUUCCAUAAUUGGCCUCCCAUUGCAUUUGGUCUGUUUCUCCUGUAUAUAUGCUUGUGGCCUGUUGCAGAGGCUUCCCGGAUAGUUUCUAGUCAAUGAAUUUUCCCAGUCUUGUUAUAUGUUUUUGAAAAUCAGACAUUGAAAUUCCCUGGAUAUGUUGUUUCCUUUUGUUUUCUUCUUGUAGUUUUAGGGACUAUCAAUCCUACCUGGCUUCCAGGAUUUAGGAAUUAAUGGAUGAGAUUUGGUUUCUUGGAUCCAUAUAGGAUAGUUCAGUUCCCUUCUUUUCCCUUAUGUUAUCAAGAAAUACAGCUUUUGGACAGUCUGUUGUCUAUUUGUUGUUCAUAUUGACACGCCAAUAUAUUUAAACUUCUUCAACCUCA